UUUGUGUUCUGCUGGAGAAAGUAAUACACAUCUGGGAUGACAAGAAAGUGAGUAAAUGAUGAUAGAAUUAAAUCAAUAUAACUUGACUUUCUUAGUUCAAUCAACUUCAGUCUAAUUCAAUUCAAAUUUAAUAUAAAAGUUCAAUACUUUUAUAAUCAUGUAAUAGUACUGAUGAUAACCAUAGUAGUAGUUAGGGCUAUUCCAUUGUCAGAAGUUAAAUAAACAGCCAUCUGAUUGAAAAUGGCCAAUUGAUUAUCAAAGCCAUAAAUCUGACUAUAUUCAGAUAUAAGCUUGUCAAGGAGAAACGCAUGGGUCUCAUCACUUUACACGCAAAUCACAAUGAUAGUGACAAUCAUCAAACACAUCGAGUAAAAAGAUGAGCUUUGAAUUAUUGCCACAUGACAGAUAACUGAAAGUGACAACAAACACAAAAACCAACAGCAUAAAUAAAAGAAGCAAACAGUAAAAAAAAAUUAAAGCAUUAUUGUAACACUGUAAUUUGCAGAAUUGUCGCAGUGCAUGUUGGGAAUCCGAAUAUGUAUAACUCCCUAACUCUAAAGGAUGAGCAAUAGUAAAAGUGAUGUUUGCCUUAGCAGAUCCCACUAAUAACAGAAUGGCAAAUAUGAAUAGACAGAGAGCAAGAGAGAGAGAGAGAGAGAGAGAGAGAGAUAAAAUGAUCCGACUUUGGCCCGGACAGAGUUCAAUCAACAUUUUCCAGAGCAGCGUUGCUUCUCCCUCCCUUUUUCAACUCCUCCCUCCCUAUCUCUCUCUCUCUCUGUCUGUCUGUCUCUCUGGUUCAUGACGCAGCAGUGACAGAGGCCUGGGUGUGCAUUGCUGGGCUUAGAGAGUAACAGAGAGGCGCUGCUUUAGCCGGCCCUGACACUUACACACACAAGAGCGCCACAAAGGAUGUCCUGCUGAGAGAAAGCAGCUGAUCAGGCCCUGAAGGAGAAACAGUGCUGCUGACUCUCUGUUAUUCUCUCUCUAUCACUAGCUCUCUUCUUUGCAAUGGCAGAACAGACUGAUCUCGCCCUGGGCCAGACUGUUUACAUCUGCAACUGCUCACAAAUGGACGAGGAGGACUAGAUCAGGUGUGAACUGGCCUGGGCUACAUUCUGAGGUCUUCAUUAUGACCACCAGGGGACGCAGCACUGUACUUCCACACACAGAUGCACAUUUAAUCAAUCUGACAGGGACGAGAGGAAAGACGAUCUCGGUUAUGACGAGCAGAAUGAACAAACGGCAGAUGACUGUGGUCAACUCCAGCACUCUUGGCCUGAUGGACAGCUCCCACCCCCAGGCUGUCCUCAGUCAUCUGAGUGAACAGCGUUCACAAGGCCUUUUCUGUGAUGUAAUAAUCAUUGUGGAGGAUGUCAAAUUUCAUGCUCACCGCAACAUACUGGCUGCCACAAGUGGAUACUUUCGUAAUGCUUUCAAAACACCGGAAAUCUACACAUCCAGCCAGGUGCUGGAGCUAACAGACCUGAAGUCUGAAGUGUUUGCUAGUAUUCUUAACUUUAUCUACAAUGCCAAAGUGGAGUCAAGCAGUGCAGAGGAAAGCAUGUCUCUGGUGGCAGCUGGAAAGCGUUUAGGAAUUCCCUUUCUGGAAAAGUUGCUGGACUCUGAAAGGCAGAGCUCUGGCCUGCAGCAAAGCCAAGUCUCCACUGGCAAAGGGAGAUCAAACAGUCAGUCAAAGUUGGCAGACACAUACACAUUAAAAAAAGAGCCCCUCAAGCCUGAGGAGUCAGACUGCUCCAAGGGCCCGCGGAUCACCAAUGCUUUCUCCAUAACUGAGGCUGUGGUGGUAAACAACCCAUUCUCUACACUGGAUCACCGCAACAAAGUUGUAGAGGCACUAGAGAAAAAUCACCCUAUUUCCAGCUCCCAAGCUACAAGCAUAUCACCCAUAGACAGUGAGCCUGGCCAUGCUCUGUCUGAGCACUCGUAUGCAGUGAGCCAGGGGCAAGAAUCUAACAAUAUCAAAGAGUCGUAUGCAGUGAGCCAGGGGCAAGAAUCUAACAAUAUCAAAGAGGAUGGCCAAGGAAAUGAUAACAGAAGCAUCAUGCCUGUUGUGGUUCCAGGUAAGACUUUGGUUAACAAUAGACUUGGCCCCAUAAAGAAGCGGCACAUACUUGGUAAGGGCUUUCCUCCCUUCUCAAAUGAUCCAGCUACACAUGUGCCCAAUUUUCCCGGAACAUCUGUAGUUGAAAAGGCCUCUCCUGCCCAAUUGUCUACCUCCCAGUUGUCCUCAGUUGCAGCACCAGAAAUGCAUUCCAGCCUCAAUUUGUCGCCACCACCUGACCUUACACCCCCUGAGGAUGCAGAGCCACCCUGCCUGAGUCCUCAGAAUACACCCAGUUCCCCCAGCUUCUGCUGCCAGAAAUGCCCUGAGACCUUUAACGACUCUGCACUUCUCACCAUCCACAUGCAAAUACACAAGAGAUUUGUCAGUCAUUUGUUUUGCAAGUACUGCCAUAAAAAGUUCAUGCAUCUGAAAAGGUUACGCAAUCAUGAGCAGGUUUGUGUGAAAUCUCUGAAAGGUCCAUCUGAGUUAGAGACAAACAAUAAAGAGUCUUCAAGGCUCCCAGUCUCUAAUGGUACCCCAAAAACAAAUAAUGCACAAUGCUCUUUACCUCCACCAGAUCUCGACGUCCCUUUAAGUCUGGACCCCACAUUUACAAGUCCGCCCGAGACGCCUCAGAAUCAAGUUAACGGGACCUUAAUAACCAAUGGCACUUCAAGAGCAUAUAAAUGUUCUGUAUGCAAACGGGCUUACAUGACCCUUUCCAGCCUAAAAAGACAUGAGAAUGUACAUUUAUGGCAUAGAGCCUACCCUUGCCACUACUGCAACAAAGUUUUUGCUCUGGCUGAAUACCGCACCAAGCACGAAAUCUGGCAUACUGGGGAACGUCGGUACCAGUGCAUCUUCUGCCUGGAGACCUUCUUGACCUAUUACAUCCUCAAGAAUCACCAAAAGUCCUUUCACGGCAUUGAUCCACGGCUGGCUGUCAACAAAAAAAAAGCUAAUGGUGGAUUGAAGAGUAGUGUCUACCCCAUAAAGCUCUACAGGCUUCUACCGAUGAAGUUCAGAAAGAAACGUUAUAAGUCUUACAGUCAGACGUACUCCGAGGGAAUCGAGGGUCAUGAAGAGUCCUUCAGUGCCCCACUGGACAGCUGUUCCUCCCAUGCUAUUUUCGACAGCACAGUGCCUAAUUCAGAUGUUGUUAGUGGUCAAUCGUUAUUUUCAAUGCCAGUGACAUUCAUGGCCACUCCGAAAAUGAUGGCAUCAGAAAUGCCUCGCAUAACCUUUGACCAACCAUGUGACCAAAACAUAGAAUUUCCUAUACCGUCUGAGAUGGACCAACCUCAGAAACGUCUCUCUACUGAUUUUAGGAAAAAGUCUGCCUUACCAGGAUUUAAUGGCAAAGGGUCACCACUCUUCAGCUAUAGAUUCACAGAUUCUUCAAAAGCAGUACAGAAAAAUGCAGGGUCCUCUCUGGUUACACAUAUAAAUGACACUUCUUUAACCGAGAAAAACACAGAAAACAGUUCAGACAUUCUUCCAUUCAUCAACAUACCGUCUGUCUGCUCCUUUGAAGGGUUGAGCAGGCUGAGUGAACUGUCGGCAGCUGCCCAAACCAUUGAGGACAUGGCUAAUCAACUGCUACAAGCAAGGCCAGAGAGCAUAACACAGGAUCAAACACCUAGUAGAAUGACAGAAACUUACCUUGCUAAGCCUGCAUGCCCUGGUCCAUCAAUUGACAACCAGGUCCUCCCCCUCUGCCAAAUAACAGUGAAGAUAGGCAACGAGGCGAUCGUUCGACGUAAAAUAAAAGGCUCAAAGCUGUUUCCAAAGAAGAGGAAGAGGAAAAGCUUGAGGCAAGAGGGCAUAGGUCACAGUAGCCCUGCAGAGGAGAGUGUUGGAAGCCCAAGUUUGCGGCUGAGAGCUGAAGUCAGAACUUCUGUUAUAGAAAAAGAAUCAUAUGAUGACCCUGAAACUGACAAACUAUGGCGUCCUUAUUACUCAUAUAAAUCUAAAAAGAAGGGUAAGAAGCUCAGAAGCAAAUGGAAAAGGAUGAAACCUGCUAGAUGCUACACUAGGCCUUUGUCACCAGAAGCAAAUGAAGACUUCAGAGAGACACACCUCUGUCCAGAUGAUAACAUCUCAUCAGAGGACUUUGAGGUCAGGAGGGAGCUGAGACAUAGCAGCCAUAGGGAAGCUUUCCCCUGCCACAGCUGCAAGAGCUCUUUCUCUAGCCAGACCUCCCUCAGUAUGCACAUCAUCAGCUGCCAUCAGCCACGCUGCAGAAUAUGCGGUAAACAAUGUGCCCCUGAAGACACAUCCAGCACAGCUGGGCCCAUUGCAGAGUAUAGUGGUGACUUUAUCUGCAUGAGUUGCUCUGAGGACGGCUCCUGUUUCAGCUCAGAUGUGGCACCCCACAGUCUUAGCACAGAAAAGCGUUACAGAUGUUCCUACUGCCCGCAGCGGUUCCUUUACCUUGCCACCAAAAAAAUCCAUGAGAAGAAACACUUAGAGAAGUCAAGUAAAGGACACAGUUGCAGGUAUUGCUCAAAGGUAUGUAAAACAGCAGUGCUAUUGGGUGUGCACGAGAGCAAGCACUUCAUGGCAGAAGAUGGAGAGGAUCCAGACAUGAUAUGUAAAACGACAAGUUCAUUUCCAACAGGUAAAGAGCAUAAAGGGCAAAUCAAACCUGAGCCUUGGGAAAGCACUUAUACCUGCCCAAAGAUCAAGCCAAAGAUCGGGGAACCCAUGGACAGAGAAACUGAGGGGAGUUAUCCUACAAUCACCAAUGUCUACAAUAAAACAUCUCUGCUGUAUCCUUAUGCAGCAGAGAGGUCUUUUGCUUCCAUUUCUCCAGAGAUGAAGACAAAAAAGUCCAAGAAAAAAAGCAUUUUUGAACGUUCUAAAGGAUCUGGAUUUGAGAGGCACAGACAAAACUCUUUGGGGGCUGUGAUUUGGGGCCAACAGGAUUGACUCUACAACACAAGUACUGACUUUAUCCAGGCUCUAAGCUUGUAAUCAAAGGAGCCACCCUACAGUUGCCCAAGUCAGAGCAAAACAUUUGUGUAAAGAGGAACCUCCUCUUCACACCCACCACAGGAAGGAAAUGCAUUGCCUGCUGAUGUCACAUAGUAUACUAUGUUUGGAAAAAAAAAAAAAAAUUGCAUUGGCCUUGUAUCCAGCAGAACUUGUGAGAUGUAAAUAUAGAGUAUUUUUGUUCUUUCACAUAAUACUAUUAGUAGUUUUCCAUGUUUUUCUAUGAAAAGUGGUUUUAUUUUUGUAUGUUUUUAUUUGUCCAAGUCAGGUGGAUAUUCCCAAUAUGUCAUUGCUCAUUGUGUUGUACUGUAGUCUAUGCAUCAAGUAAACUGAACGGCUAGUAGCACCUUACCGUAAAAAUAACUGCAAGUGACUGUACUUUUAUCAUAAUAUAACAAUCUAUUAAUCUUAUUUGAUGCACAAACUUUUAUUGAUAACAUGCAGAUAAAUGCUAUUUGUUUCCAUUAAGAAUAUUCCCUAUGUUAUACCUUCCAGUUAUUCAAUUACAUCGUUGAAUCAUUACAAUCAUAACAUUAAAUAAAAUAACACACGUCACAUGUUAUUAAGAAUAACAUAAUCAGUGUUUUAAAAUAGACAGAUGUUAACCACAAUAAUAAUUGAGUUUAUUCCAAAUAAUAAAAUAUUAUAUCAGACUGUCAGUUUUCUACAAUUGAAGCAAAAGUUUGUUACAUCCCAUUUACAUUUUAUGAUACAUCACACCAGUCCUAAAUACAAAGAGAGAGAAAGAGAAAGAGAGAGAGAGAGAAUGAGUGAAACAGAGUUCCUUUUCCUCUUGAAACUGCUGACUUGUAAGUGGGAACUCUGUUUAUUCAUUCAGAUUGUCUCUCUCUCUCUCUCUCUCUUACUCUCUAUCUUUGGGCCCCAGUUCUGACCCAUCUGAGAAGCUCAUUACCGUUUCUCUGUCGGUCCUCCACACAAUGCAGCAUUCACAGUGUCCCAUCUGGGCCCACGUGACACCAGCCCCAGAUGUUCUGAACUCUCCCCAUCUUGAAACCCACCCUCCUAAAAUAUAUACUCAGAUCUGGGUAGGUGGUUUGUGCCCACAACCAAACACCUAUCAAAAAUAUGUCAGUGAAAUUUUUAAUUCAUCUAGGUCAUCAUGGAUCGGAAUGUCUUCUUGUUCAUUCAUCGGUAACUGUACUGUGUUUUGCAUUUGUUAAACAACUCCACCAGACAGCCUAUCAACUACUCGUCAGUUUUGCAUGUCUUAUCCAUCAAGAAGAGGUCCUGCCAGUCUCCUCAAAUAUUAAUGUUUCCUCUUUUACUGAUGCGACUAUUCGAGAAGAACUUGUAAAACCUUUAUAUUACAUAUGGUACAAAAGGUCAUUUUGUCAUUUGUCAUUCCACAUAAUGCAGUGACAUUUCACAAAGUUUAAGAGCGCAAUCUUGUGUGAUGCGGAGGUGGGAGUUGCAACAACAUCCUGAUUCUUCACAAGUUUCCAGAGCAAAAUUAAGCACAUAUUGUGCAAACAGUUGUGGUCCAGUCUAUUCAGUGCAUAGCACCCAGUGUAGCAACAUAAAAGGUAUGAAAGUAGAUUACCAUUAGUUAAAGCUUCUGAUAAUUAACCACUAGCAGUAUUGGUUAGAUUACUUAGGUAGAAAUGUAAUCGGGUACUGAUUACAAAUUACCUAACUUAAAUUGUAAUCAGAAAUGUAAUCUUUUAGAGUACACUUUAUAGGUUAUCUAAUCCGAUUACUUUAAGAUUAUUGCAUGUUUUGGUGAAAAUCUAAUUUUAAGCAUAUUAGUAACAUUAGUACAUAUUAAUAAAUAUGAAUCAAACAACAAUUUGCAAUUUGUCAGUCGCCUGAGUCACUGAUUCUUUGACAGUUAAGACUAAUAGCUAAUAUAAUCACUUUGCAAUCAUGUAAUCCAUAAAACAUUUUAAUCUGAUUAUGCACAUUUAAAAAUGUAAGGUUACAAAUACUUGAUUUUUGUAAUUCGAUUAUGUAAAUUAUGUAAGAAAGACUGACAGGGAUAUUAUGCACUAAUCCAGUUGGUUGCAUGCUUGGGGCGGGAGAAUGCUUUACGGUUUGUUGUCGCAAGAAUGGUUGAAAGAAACAAUCGCUGACAUCAUCUGAUUUAGGCUAUUGAUUCUACAGAGCAUAAAACCAUCAUUAAACAAAUGUCUCCGAAAAGUCUCUUUCUUUUGGCAAAAGAUGUAAAGGUAGUUCAUUUGAGAAAUAGGUAAACACUUGUUUGUUAAUGUUAUUAAUUGAAGAUGUUACAGAGUUACUGAUCAUUUUAAGCAUUUUUAUGUUUGGGGCUAGCAAAUAGUUUGGGUGGCGGGGCCUCAGGUAGGUCAGAAAAAGUUGACAAGCCUUGCACUAGACCAAUUACUAUAAACUCUGACAGUGUGGGCACAUUUGUUGGGGUGAAGAAAUCACAGAGUGAAACAACAUAGAAGUUUGCAGUAUGUUGAUGAACUCCUGUUGUCCUUUUCUUUAAAAAAAAAUAAAUAAAUAAAAAAUGCAAAAAUCGGGUUAUAGUGAGG